AUUAGUACUACUACUUAAUAAAUAAUCAUCGUCGUAAAUUUGUAAUUCAUUAUUCAUACCACCACAACUUUUGGGAGUUCCCAAAUUUGACCCUCUCGAUUGAACUAGGGUUUCUUUCUCUCUCCUCUUUUUCUUUCUUUUUUCUUUCUCUCUCGCCGAAGAUUCCAUCACAAUACAUCAUCAUCAAAAAAACAAAAACUAGAAAAAUUAGAAAAACAAAAAGAAGGAGAAAUUUAGCGAAAAAAAAACCCUAAUAAAUCUUCAUAUGACGGACUAAAUCUAUCAAAUUUGAUUUCCUCUUGUUGACGCUAUCGUUUUGUUUUUAUCAUUGUAUCUGUUACUUGUUGAAUGAAUGAAACACUGGAUCUGACAGAAGAACGACGAUUGAUUUGAAGAUGAAGAACUUUGAAUUUGAAACCCUAGUUCAGAUCGAACAACGUGAAUUUGAAGUCAGAAAACUUUCUUAACGAAUCUUGAUUCUUUUUUUAAUUUUUUUUUUUUGUAAAUUGACGAACUCGGAAGAAAAAAAAGAAAUUAAAAGGAAAAAAAAAUAGAGACAAUGAUCAAAUCGGUAGUAUAUGAAGGUGAAAAUCUACUUGGAGAAGUAGAGAUAUAUUUUCAGAACAACAACAACAACAAGAAUUUAGAAUUGAUGAAGGGGAUGAGGAUAAGUCAUUAUUCAGAGAUGAGUGAAAGAUGUCCACCACUUGCAGUUCUUCAUACAAUUACAAAAUCAUCAGGUGGAAUUUGCUUCAAAAUGAUGGAGUCAUCUUCUCAUACUAGUUCCAACAACAACAACAACAACAAGUUCUAUUUUCAACAACAACAACAAGAAUCGCAGCUUUUAGCUAUGCACUCCAACUGUAUCAGAGAUAACAAGACGGCUGUGGUGCCGCUUGGUGAGCAAGAGAUCCAUUUGGUGGCAUUGCGCUCUAGAAGAAUGGCCGGUGUAACUCCUUGCUUCUGGGGUUUCAGUGUCGCCCCAGGGUUAUAUGAAUCUUGUCUUGGCUUGUUAAAUCUUAGAUGUCUGGGCAUUGUGUUUGAUCUAGACGAGACACUGAUUGUUGCAAACACACUGCGGUCAUUCGAGGAUAGAAUUGAGGCCUUGCAAAGGAAAAUCAGUGUUGAAGCUGACCCACAACGAAUAGCGGGUAUGGUGGCCGAAGUGAAACGCUACCAAGAAGACAAGAGUAUACUGAAGCAAUAUGCUGAAACUGAUCAGGUGGUGGACAAUGGAAAAGUCCACAAAAUUCAAGCAGAAGUUAUUCCAGCCCUAUCUGACAACCACCAAACAGUUAUUCGCCCCCUCAUUCGGUUACAGGAUAAGAACAUUGUCCUAACACGAAUUAAUCCUCAGAUUCGUGAUACAAGUGUUCUUGUAAGGCUAAGACCUGCAUGGGAAGAUUUACGCAGCUAUUUAACUGCCAGAGGUCGGAAACGCUUUGAGGUUUAUGUUUGUACAAUGGCUGAAAGAGACUAUGCUCUAGAAAUGUGGAGGCUUCUUGAUCCAGACUCAAACUUGAUAUGUGCGAGGGAACUUUUGGAUCGCAUUGUCUGUGUCAAGUCUGGAUCAAAGAAGUCGCUGUUUAAUGUUUUCCAUGGUGGCAUUUGUCAUCCCAAAAUGGCUUUGGUUAUUGAUGAUCGUCUAAAGGUGUGGGAUGAGAAAGAUCAGCCGCGAGUGCAUGUUGUUCCUGCAUUUGCUCCUUAUUAUGCUCCCCAAGCCGAGGCAAAUAAUGCCAUCCCAGUUCUAUGUGUGGCUAGAAAUGUAGCAUGCAAUGUUCGAGGUGGUUUUUUCAAAGAAUUUGAUGAGGGUCUCUUGCAACGGGUUUCUGAGGUUUCUUUUGAAGAUGAUCCUAGAGAUAUCCCUUCUCCACCUGAUGUGAGCAACUACUUGGUAUCAGAGGAUGAUGGUUCUGGUUCUAAUGGAAUUAAAGAAUCAAUGACUUUUGACGGGAUGGCUGAUGCAGAGGUUGAAAGAAGGCUUAAGGAAGCAGUUUUAUCCUCUUCUUCAGCUUCUCCACUUCCAUCUGCAAAUACUCCGGCGACUGUUAAUUUCGAUCAUAGGCUGGCAUCGUCUCUUCCAUUCGCUGUUGCUACUUCUGCCCUGGCAAUUCCACAGCCUGCACCUCAAGCAACAAUCACACCUUACCAUAAUAACCUAUUCUCGCAGGCAGGGCCUUUGGCUAGACCUUUGGGUAAUAUCGGUCCUCAAGACAUUGGCCUGCACAAUUCCCCCGCCCGAGAAGAAGGUGAAGUACCUGAAUCUGAGCUAGAUCCUGAUACAAGGAGACGGCUUCUUAUAUUGCAGCAUGGUCAAGAUAUGAGAGAAGGCCCACCAAAUGAGCCUCCAUUUCCAGCACGAACCCCAGUUCAAGCUCCUGUUACAGGUCCUGUUCCUGUUUCAGUUCCUGGUCCAGUGCCUGUUCCAGGUCCUGGCCCAGUUUCAGUCCCAGUUCCUGGUCCCAUUCCCAGUCCUGUUCCAGUUCCUGUAUCUGGUACCGUUCCAGGUCCUGGUCCACGUGUACAAUCACGUGGGAGCUGGUUUCCAGUUGAGGAUCACAUCAGCCAGGGUCCCUUGAGUCGAGUAGCAGCUAAAGAGUUUCCUGUAGCUCCUGAUGCUUCCCCUGUUGAGAAGCAGCGGCCACCUCCACCCUCUUUUCCUCGAAAAGUGGAGAGUUUAGGUUGGUCAGAUCGAAAUUAUGCUGAAAAACAAAGACUGCCGAGGGAGGCUCUGCGCAGAGAUGACAGAUUGCGGUCAAACUAUUCAUUGCCCAGCCAUCAGUCAUUUCGAGGUGAUGAAAUUUCAUUGAGCCGAUCAGCUUCCAGCAACAAAGAUUUUGAAGUUGAACCUGAACGAGGUAGUUCAUUUGCAGAGAGUCCUUCAAUUGCUUUACACGACAUUGCAAUGAAGUGUGGAACCAAGGUUGAAUUUAAGACAGGGUUGGUUGCUACCCCAGAGUUGAAGUUCUUACUGGAGGCUUAUUUUGCUGGAGAUAAAAUUGGUGAAGGCACUGGUACAACCAGAAGGGAAGCCCAGCAUCGCGCUGCAGAGGCUGCUUUGAUGAAUCUGGCUGAUAAGUAUUUGACCCACAUAAAGUCUGAUUCUAGCACUCCGCAAAGUGAUACAAGCAGGGGUCAUAGUCCAAUUGACACGGGAUUUGUAAGUGAUGCAAACUCUCACGGUGAUGGCAUUUCAAGGAAAGAGGAUAUAAUUCCUUCAUCUGAGAUGACCGGGUUGGAUGACUCUAAUGUAGAUGGGUCAAAGAACUCCAUGGGUUCAGUUUCCGUUCUUAAAGAAUUGUGUUUGAGAGAGGGCCUAGGUGUCGAUUUUAAAGGUCAAUCUCCAACUUCAACUAAUUCAGUCGACAGAGAUGAAAUACAUGCGGAGGUGGAAAUAAAUGGGCAAGUUCUGGGCAAGGGUACAGGAUUGACAUGGGAUGAGGCGAAAAUGCAGGCUGCUGAGAUGGCUCUUACAAGUCUUAAUUCUAUGAUCGGUCAAUUUAAUAAGCGUCCAAGUUCUCCGCGGUUGUUGCAAGGGAUGCCAAAUAAACGCUUGAAGCCAGAGUAUCCUAGAGUAGUAGACCAUUUGCCGUCUUCAAGAUAUCCAAGGAAUGCAUCACCUGUACCUUGACAUGUAAAACAUACCUUGCUUUCUUUUGUGAUCAUAUGGUGUGGCUGAUGUACAGCUUUGCCACACCCUGGCAUCACCACAUGCCAGGACUUUUGUGGGGGGGGGGGGGACUUUUCAUUCUCCUGAAAGCCCGGUCUCCGAAUCGGCCUUUACUGGGAUACAUAAUUUUCAAGACAAGCUGUUGAUUGCUUCCAGUUUUGAAGUCCAGUGUAGGCUUAGAAUCAACAUUAGAUGAUGUUGCCAGUAUUCCGAAUAUUUCGAGGUUUUGUUAACUGCCGAACGGAGUAAAUGCAAAAUGUUCCUCCAUGAGCUGAUUUAAUGAAAAGUCAUUCGAAGAUGUUUGAGAUGCUGGUGAAAUACAUGAGUCUUGAUCGAGGGAUAAAUGCUCCACGUCCAGGACUCUCCAUGUACAGUUGAGACUCAUUGCUGUAGAAAAUUUAAAUGGAAAGGCAUUCCUCUCGGCGAUCCCGGGUAUAAUUGGCUGGAUGGUUGCAGGAUGGAAAUAUCAUUUUUUUGGCUUACCAGAUAUAUUUCAAACUUGGUCUGGCUAAAAGUUUUGUUCGAAGCCAGUAACAAAUGUUGUCCGUGUAGGCAUGAUAUGCUUUGUAUGUUAACUAACACCGUUGUAGCUAGUGUUUUGUUACACAAUCAGAAUCUCUAUACCAAGCAUAAGAGAAAUUUUCAUAGUUGCUGAAAUAUUUUACAUGAGCCAGUGGAAUUAUAAAGAAUAUCGCCCGUUUACUUUUGAGUAAUACAGAAAUUGUCUCUGUUCUUUUU